GCCGAGCUCAAAUUUGUCAUCACCUCCACAAAGCUGUUUCUUACCUAUUUCCUUCCACCACUUGACGAGCAUUCUCCAACAAGUCGCUAUAACAUAAACACUACCGAACAUAAUAUGGGUCGGUGGACACAAUACGACGAAGAUUCUCAUCGUCUUCCAGAGGGGUUCAAACGUGUGGGGUACGAUUCAGACAGACAGAUAUACAUUUUUGAAGAUACAAAUGACGGAAGCACCUGGGAAGGCCAAGAGGGUGAAGAAUUCGGCGAGAUGAGAAAAGUCUCAAAUGGCUCUGGUCGCCCACGCCAACGGGAGGAAGACGAUGUAGAGUACGGCGCUGCAAGUGGAAGGUCAGAUGGAUAUGAAAGACUCUCAUCGGAUCCAAAUCAGCCAACCAGGUCGUUCCGUGCUGGCCCAUACCGUACCCUCUUCCCAUUCUUCCUCAUCAUUGCCGUUGUCCUCCUACUCGUUUGGCGAACCGUUAUCGCACCUAAUUGGACGGCAGGUCCACACCAUAAGCUUCCAACCUGCGCUAACCCUGAUCAGACUCAUAUCCACAUUAUCGCAAAUGGAGACACUUGUUGGGAUAUCUGUGAAAGGAGCUGGUGUCGAGGUGGUGUUUGUUCCGGAGGCGGUGUUCAGAAGUGUCUCGAGGUCUUGGAGGAAGAGAAUGAGAAUGACGCAUUGGAUUGUAAACAGCUCGUGGUGGGAGAUGGUAUCUGCGUUCCCAUUCCACAGUCUUCGAUCGCGUGAAAGCAAAGGUAACGAAGGUUUAUGUUGAUUCGUUGACUGCUUCUUUUACUAGGACAAUACAUGUCUGUACAUCUACAUCUUAUGAAGCAUAUCUUUUAUAAGUAU